AUGGCUGAUAAAACAGAACCGCCUAUGGAACAGCAGCCAUUGCCACUGCUGUCCGCCGAGGGCCAAAAUGCGUCUCAGCAACCACAGCAUCACACGCCAGGCACGCAGAACAAGCCUCACAACAAACACACCAACGCCGCCGCGACCACCCCUAAUGAUCCGUCUGGGAAGGCCCCAGCCGCAGGCGCUAAUGCCAACCCUAACAAUAGGCAGCAUUACUCGGGCAACUCCAACGGUAGAUACUACAAAAACCGCAACUACAACCAAAAGGCAGGAAACCAUAACAGCCAGUAUUCGCCGGCAAACUACGGAUACCCUCCUAACAUGUAUGGUACCUACUACUACGCAUAUGCAUUCGGUAACGGAAUGGUGCCUAACAUGAACAACAUGCCUAACUACCAGCCACAACUGGGACUGCAUUCUCCAAUGCAACCUUAUGCGGCCACAACAUCGCCAACGCCCGCGAAAGUCAAGAUUACAGACAAAGAUGGUCGCCAGGUUGAUUUAGAGGAGAAGAAAAAGGCUCUGGCCGCUUCCUCCCCUGGCCCAUCUCACUCUUCCGUUGCAUCAUCUUCUCCAGCCGUGGAUGCUGAACACGCACCAUUUCCAAAGGCUGCCAACCCUACUUCUGCAUCAUCCGUUUCCACUCCAGCUGCCGCUCCAGCCCCUGCUUCGAGCAAGUCUAAUGAGGUUGCCGAAGAGUUCAGAAAGAAAAUUUUGGAGAAGGCCCGUCUCGCCAAGUUGAAGAAGGAAGAGGAGAAGCGUUUGGCUGAAGCUUCCGCAUCCAACAAGGAUGUGCCUACUUCUUCGGUUACUGCUGAGAAGAAAGAGGAAAAGCCCGCCGUUGUCGAAGCUGCUGCACCUAGUACCACAGAAGAACCUAAACAAAUUGAAGAAACUCAUCCAGCUCCUGAAGAACAAGCUAAGGUUCCUGCACAAACUGAAUCUGCUCCUGUGGAGCCUGUCAUUGAGAAUGGACCAACAGAGUCGACGAAAACAGCUCCAGAGGAAUCUUCCAAUCCUAUAGAUUCCACUUCAGAUAAACCAAAGGAGGAACCGGUUGAGGUGGCAGAUGUGGUUGAAGAACCAUUGGAUGUCAAAGAGCCUCAACAAAAAGACGUCGAACCUGCCACAGCAAGUGCUGCUCCAGUUGAACAACAAGAACCUCUCGCUGAAGAACAGGCUGAGACCCAGGAAGCUGAAGAGACAGUGGAAGCAGAGCCAGAAGAGGAGUCUACUGCUGUUGCUGACGAAAAUGAUGGAGAGGCUGACGCUCAACCACAAAACGAGGAUGAGGAAAUCGCAGAUCCUGAACACGAGGAGAGUAGCGAGCCUGUCUUCGAUCUUUCUAUGUACUUCUCCAGAUUGGAAAAAGCUAAGCCUAUCGAGGACCCAUUUUCUUUUAGUUACCCAUACCCAUUGGCCGGUGUUGACCCAAGAUGGAAAGCUGGCGAAAAGAAAUACAGAUACGAUCCACAAUUCUUGCUUCAAUUCCGUGAAGUUGUGCAAUACCCAAUAGAUGACGCAUGGAAAGAAAAACUUGAAGGUUUAGGUAUUGUGGCCGGUAAGAGAUCAUCUUCUGGUUCUCAACGUAUGAACUCCAACAAAUUUGGCAACCAAAUGCAAGGAAGAUUCGGCUCUAUGUCGGGCAGACCAGGUCAGUUUGACGGAAGACAGAAUUCUAGAAGCGGCUCAAAGAGAAGAGGAGGCUCUAAUGCUGGUGGCCCAAGAGACAAAUCUCUCAGAAACAGAAACCAAUCGAAGAGAGGAAAGGAUUCUAGAGACCGCGAGGACGAUAAACCAGCUGAAGAAGUCAAACCUUUGGUUCCAAGUGCUAAUAGAUGGGUUCCAAGAUCUAGAGUUAAGAAGGAUGAAGUUAAGACUGCACCAGAUGGCUCGAUCAUGUUGGAUGAAGAAGAUGUUGAGAGAAAGACAAAGUCAGCUUUGAACAAGUUGACUUUGGAAAUGUUCGAACCAAUCACUGAAGAGUUAUUGACGAUUGCUAAACAAUCUCGUUGGGAGGAGGACGCCCAAGACCAUUAA